UUGCCGGAAGUUUUCUUGUGACCGGUUCGCAGCGCAGCGGGAAGAUGGCGUUGGAAUCCGGUGACAUGGAAGACGGGCAGCUUUCUGACUCAGAUUCCGACAUGACGGUCGCACCCAGCGACAGGCCACCGCAAGUGCCGAAAAUACUUGGUGGAGACAGUACCGUGAGGGUCUUCCAGAAUACUGCCACCACAGCAUAUGUACCAGUAUCACAUUAUCGGAUUGUUAAAAGUGUGGAUUCAAGUGAAGAGAGUUUUUCUGAUUCAGAUGAUGAUAGCUCUCUUUGGAAACGCAAGCGACAGAAAUGUCUUAAUGCCCCACCCAAACCAGAGCCUUUUCAGUUUGGCCAGAGCAGUCAGAAACCACCUGUUGCUGGAGGAAAGAAGGUUAACAACAUCUGGGGUGCUGUGCUGCAAGAACAGAAUCAAGAUGCAGUGGCCAAUGAACUGGGUAUUUUGGGAAUGGAGGGCAAUAUUGACAAAAGUAGACAGUCUGAGACCUACAAUUAUUUGCUUGCUAAGAAACUUAAGAGGGAAUCUGAAGAAUAUACUAAAGAAUUAGACAAAGAGUUAGAUGACUAUAUGCAUGGUGACAAAAAACCAGGGUCAAAAGAAGAGGAAAAUGGUCAAGGUCAUCUCAAACGGAAACGACCUGUCAGAGACAGAAUUGGAAGCAGAGUGGAAAUGAACUAUAAGGGCAGGUAUGAGAUCACAGAGGAAGAUUCUCAAGAAAAAGUGGCUGAUGAAAUUUCUUUCAGGUUACAGGAACCAAAGAAAGACCUGAUCGCCCGAGUAGUGAGGAUAAUCGGGAUCAAAAAGGCCAUUGAACUUCUGAUGGAAACUGCUGAAGUUGAACAAAGUGGCGGCCUUUUUGUCAUGAAUGGUAGUCGAAGAAGAACACCAGGUGGAGUUUUUCUUUAUCUCCUGAAAAACACUCCAAGUAUCAGCGAAGAACAAAUUAAGGACAUUUUCUACAUUGAAAAUCAAAAGGAAUAUGAAAAUAAAAAAGCUGCUAGGAAGAGGAGAACACAAAUAUUGGGGAAAAAAAUGAAACAAGCCAUUAAAAGUCUGAAUUUUCAAGAAGAUGAUGAUACCUCACGGGAAACUUUUGCAAGUGACACCAAUGAGGCCCUGGCCUCUCUUGAUGAACCACAGGAAGGACACGGAGAAACCAAGUUGGACGUGGAGGAAGCUAUUGAGGUCGAUCACUCUCAUGACGUGGACAUCUUUUAAGUACAUUUGGACGACUUAAAGCAUACGCCUUCCAAAGUAGCAUUGUAAUGCACUGUUUCUACUGACACAGCUUUGUUUUGCUUCCACACUGGUAAACAAGAAAAUCUGAAGAAGAGGAACUAUUGCUUGUUUUAAAUAAUGUAUGGGGAAAUGAGUGCCAUUAAUUUAAAGAUGGUUCGUGUCUGACACAGUACUUAAAAGUGGCACAGUACUUAAUUUCUUAGUCUGUUGCAUGGCUAAUACAAGUAUUACUAGUUGUUAAUCAUUUUUUCCAGAUCAUUAUAAUAUGCCAUUCAAAACUUUGUUUUCUUUUUUCUGAUAUACGUGGUGAAUUUCACUUUGGUUUCAGAACAUUCCAAUAGAAGAUCUUGAUGGGACACACAAAUUGUUACUCUGUUACAAAUGCAUUUGGGUUUGUUUUUCUGCAUUGUAAGUCCCCUUAGGCAGUUGUGAAGGAUAGAGACUAAACAGGAAUAUAUGCUUAAUGAUUCUACCCAGUUACUUAUUUGUCCAGAAGUAAAUGUCGGAAGCUUUUUGAACAAGUAUUGGUUUAUAACUUUUUGACUUCUUAUUAACUGGAUAAUAAUUCAGCAAUUACAAUGUAUAGUUUAUUAUAAACUAAACUUGAAGUCUUUUAGUAGUUCCUCACAGUGUAGUCAUUGAAGUUGGAUCAUGAAGAGAAAAAUAGUUAUUGGUUGCUUUUAUUUAUAAAGAAUGGAAAAAUAAAAUCUCUGUCAGUCUUGCCGA